CCCGCCAUUUCUUGAAUCGAGGAGAUUAUUUACCAGAGAUAAACACUAUUUCUAAGAAGAUGCCAGUAGACUCUGGAAGAAAAAUAAGAAAGAAAAUCCCUGCGAGAGAAAGAGGACCCGGACCCGGACGUUACGAACUGCCCUCUACACUGGGGUACGAGGCCCAUGACUGCACCAGACCGAAGCAGCCUGCCUACACUAUAGGCAAACGGCUAGAACGAGCCCAAGCCACGAAUCCUGCCCCCUACUACGUGGACCCUAGGAUGACCAGAACUGGGAUGCACGCUGCCCCCGAGUACACGAUGGUUGCACGGAAGGAUAUUAAUAUUCCCCAAACCCCUGGCCCCGGGCGUUAUACAUGUAACACUGAAAACAUCCAACCUCGAGCCCCUCAGUAUACUAUUAGAACUAGAACUAGACUGCGUCGUAAGGAUCCAAUCCCGGCUCCCGCUACCUACACGUUACCGCCUAUACUCGGCAACAAACAACUUUACAAGUCCACGGCGCCAGUGUGCGUCAUAUUGGAUCGCCCACAGGUGGGCGGUACCUUGGCGGAUAUGGGUGAGUCUCCCGGCCCCGGGAAGUACGCCGCCAUCAAUCCCAAUGUGAACACAACCAUGGCUCCUGUGUACACAAUGAGAUCUAAAUGCCACCCUCCUGGUGAUAGUAACAAACCCGGACCUGGAGCCUACAGUCCAGAGAAAGUGCGCUAUCGCCCCCAGGCUCCCAAAUUCUCAUUUGGAAGUCGUUACUCCGAGUCCACGUGUGUUUUUAUUGCCUGAUUAAGGAAGAAUGACUCAACUGCAUGGGAAGCCAUACUGUUUGUUCAUUAGUAUAAGAUUUGUCAGCAGAUUGGAUAAGAGUUUGAUUAUCUUUUUUAUGUAACAAUUGUUGUUUUUAAGUAAAUAAAUGCUACAAAAUAACAAUGUUCUGUGUA